ACUGAGGGUAUGACGGGAGAUGUGAGCGAUACCGGCACGGGAGAUAUGACACCUUUCUGCUUAGCUUUUUUUUUAAGGAGAGACAGAGAAAUUGAGUGCGAGGUAGUUUUUAUCCUGUCUCUUUAAGCGACACCAACCUGUGAAAUCUCCGUCCAUCAUAUGCGGUCUAGUCCCUCCCUUUCCUGCAGCGGCCGGCCGGAGUGGGGAGUGAAUGGGGGAGAAGGGAGAGGGUCAUCGGCGGGGAGACUGAGUGAAGCUGUGCUGCAAACGCCGCCUGACGUUUCGGGGUUCAAACAUGGGAUAACUGGCUGAUCCCCCCCCGACACCAAUCGGGGCAAAAAAUGGGCAUCACUUUGACAAAUCUAAAUUGACCAUUAAGUCACUCUGCCCCCCUCCCCGUACCGCUACUUGCGGUUCUUUUCUUUUUUGGACGUUUGGUACAAUAGAGGAGUCUGGAAUCGCUGGAGAUGUUAUCUGUGCACGCUUGUCUCCUGAUGAAUGAGGACCCUGCGCAUAUGAAAUAAUCCGCCGCGGCUGUUUCAGGGGACGGUGCCCCGCGUUACUUUCGCAGCUGCAUUUCCAGAGCAUUCGUCGUGUGAGGCAGGUGUUCAUUGUGGCUUUCCGGGCUUGCUCUUGUUUUGUUGUUGUUGUGCUGUUGUUGAUAUUGUAAUUUCAUUCGGUGAUCCGCGGUAACGGUAAAGCGGAGAAUGCGCGGUGUCUUUCAGUUGCAUUUUUAUGCGUCUUUCUAUUGUUAACUGACAAAUCGCUUGACUCUUGAUGUUAUUGGCACCGAUUAAUGGCCACUACAGACAGGGACUGAGAUGAAAACAUUAGUAUGGACGCGCUGAUUGCCUAAAAGACGAUCCGUGGAAUAGCUUGAGAACGGAGAACAAGUACCAUUGGACUAUCAACAAUGGUGGAGCCGGUGGGGUUUGUGGAGGCAUGGAAGGCGCAGUUUCCCGAAUCCGAUCCCCCCAAGAUGGAACUGAAAUCCGUGGGGGGCAUCGAGCUGGAGCUGGAGAAGUGCAAAGCGUCCAUCCGACGGCUGGAGAUGGAGGUGAACAAGGAGCGCUUCCGCAUGAUCUACCUGCAGACGCUGCUGGCCAAGGAGAGGAAGAGCUACGACCGGCAGCGAUGGGGCUUUCGCGGGGCGUCCCAUCCGAGUGACGGCGAGCGCCCCCCCGGCGCUGAUCCCCAGCCGCCGCAUCUUGCCCCUGGCCAGGAGCAAGGGCACGGGGACCGAAGCAGAUUCCACCCUGUUGGGGAGGAGAGGCCAAGGCCCUGCCCCCCAGCUCCCCGCAGGUCCUCCUCUCAUGGCGACAGUCUUGAACCCACAUUGGCGGGAGACAGGCACCUCCCAGUGGUUGCUGCAGAGAUGGACAGGUGUCGGUAUUUCGGGGAUGGUGAAAUGGACAAACUAUCUCCCUCCAAGAGGGGAGGGGUCUCCUCUCGCAGAUCGGGGGCAGUGUCCUCCAUGCCGUGCGACAAGGAUCCUCCACCCGACCCUCCCAUCAAAGAGAAGCCCGGCAUGGGUUUAGGGGUGGCAGCCCUAAGGUCCAACUUUGAGCGGGCCAAGAGGGCCAACUGGCCUGCAUUUGGGGAUGGGAAGGGGGCUGCUGAGCGGGCUCUCUUCUCCAGUGUGGAGUACCACCAAGACCGGGGCUUGGCGAGAGCCAGUGACCGCGAAGUCCAGGAUGCACUCAGUAGCCAGGCCGUGCAGAUGGAGCGGCAGCGAUCGCUGGCCAGGGCGGCGGUGGAGACCCGCAGAGCUGGGCACCGGGGCCGCUCUGCCGAGGGCCACUGUGGCGGUUACGAGGCCGAGGGGGAGGACGCCGAAUCCGACACGCGGCAUCCCAAAGAGGGGCUGGUCCAUGCAAAUGGGGGGAAGCCACACCAGCCGCCCUGGCAGCAGACUGAAUUCCAGCCCUACCCCAGCGUCUAUGUGAGUGAGGGCGAUGGGCGGGGCGUGAGCCAAAGGGACCGGAGUGGGGACGAGGCUCCAACAACCUGGCCCCGGAGGUCCUAUUCGCCGAGGAGCUUCGAGGACGUCGGCGGGGGCUACACGCCUGACUGCAGCUCCAAUGAGAACCUGACAUCCAGUGAGGAGGACUUCUCCUCGGGCCAGUCGAGCCACGUGUCGCCCAGCCCCACUGCCCACCGUCCCUUCCCAACGCGGGAGAAGAGCCGGUCGCCGUCCCAGAAUUCCCAGCAGUCCUUGGACAGCAGCAGCCCCCCCACCCCUCAGUCUCAGAAGCGUCACAAGCACCACGUCCUGGUGUCAGAGGCGGCCGUCGUGGGCGUUCGGAAAACCGGGCAGAUCUGGCCCAACGAUAGUAACUGCACCCUGUCCAGCCGGACUUCACACGACAACAGUUUCCAUGGAGACGUAGACUCUUCCUUGGGCGGGACGCCGCCCAGCUACGGCUAUGACGCCGACCGCGCGGAGGAGCAGCGGCGCCAUCACGACAUGAUGCCCUACAUCGAUGACUCGCCCUCCUCCUCCCCCCACCUGAGCUCCAAGAGUCGCAGCAGUCGGGACACGCUGUCCUCAGGCUCGCUGGAGUCCUCCAAGUCGACCGAGCUGGACCUGGAGAAGGGCCUGGAGAUGCGGAAGUGGGUGCUGUCUGGCAUCCUGGCCAGCGAGGAGACGUACCUCAGCCACCUGGAAGCUCUCUUACUGCCCAUGAAGCCUCUGAAGGCAGCAGCUACCACCUCCCAGCCAGUACUCACCAUCCAGCAGAUCGAGACCAUCUUCUUCAAAGUGCCUGAGCUCUAUGAGAUCCACAGAGAGUUCUACGACGGGCUCCUACCCAGGGUGCAACAGUGGAAUCACCACCAGCGGGUGGGCGACCUCUUCCAGAAGCUGGCCAGUCAGCUGGGACUCUACCGCGCCUUUGUGGAUAACUACACUGUCGCCGUGGAGACCGCGGAGCGGUGCUGCCAGGCCAACACGCAGUUUGCCGAGAUCUCGGAGAACCUCAAGGUCAGGACCACAAAGGACUGCAGAGACCAGACCACCAAGAGCUCUCUGGAAGCUCUCCUCUACAAGCCAGUGGACAAAGUCACCAGAAGCACACUGGUGCUACACGACCUCCUGAAGCACACGCCCCCCAGCCACCCGGACCACCCCUUGCUGCAGGACGCCUUGCGUAUCUCCCAGAAUUUCCUGUCCAGCAUCAAUGAGGAGAUCACGCCCCGGCGCCAGUCCAUGACCGUCAAGAAGGGGGAGAACCGGCAGCUGCUGAAGGACCGCUUCAUGGUGGAGCUGGUGGAGGGUAACCGAAAGCUGAGACACGUCUUUCUGUUCACCGACCUGCUGCUCUGCGCCAAGCUAAAAAAGCAGAUUGGCGGGAAGAGCCAGCAAUAUGAUUGCAAGUGGUACAUCCCUCUGGCUGACCUGACCUUUCAGGCCGCCGACGAGUCCGAACCGCCGCCCAUCCCCCAGGUCCCGGACGAGGAGAUUGACGCCCUUAAGGUCAAGAUCUCCCAGAUCAGGGCUGAGAUCCAGAGGGAGAAGAGGGCCAACAAGGGAACCAAGGCCGCUGAGCGACUGAGGAAGAAACUGUCCGAGCAGGAGUCACUCCUUCUGCUGACCUCGCCCAACAUGGCUCUGCGGGUGCACAACCGCAGCGGCAAGAGCUACAUGUUCCUGAUUUCGUCAGACUACGAGCGGGCGGAGUGGAGGGAGACCAUCCGUGAGCAACAGAAGAAGUGUUUCAAAAGCUUCUCGCUAUCCUCGAUGGAGCUGCAGAUGCUGACCAACUCAUGCGUGAAGCUGCAGACCGACCAUCACAUCCCCCUCUCCGCCAACAAAGAAGAUGAGGAUGAUCCAGGACUCUAUGGGUUUCUGAAUGUGAUCGUCCAUUCAGCUUCUGGCCUAAAGCAGAGCCUAAAUCUCUACUGCACAUUGGAGGUUGAUUCUUUCGGCUACUUUGUGAACAAGGCCAAGACGCGAGUUUACCGCUACACCACCGAACCCAACUGGAAUGAGGAGUUCGAGAUCGAACUGGAGGGAUCGCAGACGCUGCGGCUGCUUUGCUAUGAGAAGUGCUACAACAAGAGCCGUCCGAACAAGGAAGAUGGGGAGAGUACAGACAGGAUGAUGGGAAAAGGGCAGGUCCUGCUGGACCCCCAGAGCCUCCAAGGAAAGGAUUGGCAGAGAACAGUGGUGCCCAUGAACGGGAUUGAAGUGAAGCUCUCCAUGAAGUUCACUAGCCGCGAGUUCAGUCUGAAGAGGAUGUCGUCACAGAAACAGACUGGCGUGUUCGGGGUGAAAAUCUCAGUGGUGACCAAACGGGAGCACUCCAAGGUGCCCUACAUCGUCCGACAGUGUCUGGAGGAGAUCGAACGCAGGGGCAUGGAGGAAGUGGGCAUCUACCGUGUGUCGGGAGUAGCCACUGACAUCCAGGCCCUGAAGGCCGCCUUCGACACCAAUAACAAAGACGUGUCGGUGAUGAUGAGCGAGAUGGACGUGAACGCCAUCGCCGGCACCCUGAAGCUGUACUUCCGGGAGCUUCCCGAGCCGCUCUUCACCGACGAGCUGUACUCCAACUUCGCCGUGGGCGUCGCUCUGUCUGACAGCGUGGCCAAAGAGAGCUGCAUGUUGAACCUGCUGCUGUCACUCCCGGAGCCCAACCUGGUCACUUUCCUCUUCCUGCUGGACCACCUUAAGAGGGUGGCUGAGAAAGAGAGCAUCAACAAGAUGUCCCUACACAACCUGGCCACUGUCUUUGGUCCCACCCUGCUCCGGCCCUCUGAGAAGGACAGCAAGAUUCCGGCCAAUCCCACGCAGCCCAUCAGCAUGAGUGACAGCUGGUCGCUGGAGGUCAUGUCCCAGGUCCAAGUGCUUCUCUACUUUCUGCAGUUGGAGACCAUUCCCACACCUGACAGCAAGCGUCAGAGCAUACUCUUCUCCACAGAGGUGUAGUCCUUCAGGCGCCGAUGUUGGAGGAAGAAUGCAAAAAAACGAGAGAGAGAGAGCGAGAGAGAAAGAGAGAGAGCGAGGGACAGCAGAAGACAGAGCUUAGGGAAAACCCUCCGUGGCUGAAGACCCUUUGCACUCCCCUUCCCACAUUCUUCUCCUGGAUAGCAGUUGUGGCAGAAUUGCUCCUGCCCUGACUUGUGUUUCACAGCACAGCCCCCAGGGGGCACCAGAAACUUACCAAUUCCCAUGAGAAGUAAGGACACGAAAGGGGCAUCCCUAAAAUCACUUCGCUUCACUAGCGUGAGGAGUUUUGUGCAAACUGACGUUUGCUUUUCGUAAAGUCUGUACCUUAGUGUUUUACUUUAGAAGCCUAUAGCUUAUGUGCAAUGCUCAUAAGGUCACUGUGGAGAACAUGAAUACUGUCCAACACCUCACAGGAGUUCCAUUAGAGACUGACCAGCUGUUAAGAGAAGUCGUAGAUAAAUUUUUGUUUUCCCUGCUUGUAAUGAACCACCAUGACUUAAAAACAGCUUUCUAUUGUGUGGGUACCGUAGCCGCAAAGCAUCAUGGGUAGCUUGUUCCAUCUCAUUGUGAUUGGCCGAGGGGGAGGCUGUUCCAUGAGAGGGACCUGCGGCCAGAAUCACUCUUAGGAUAUUUUAGAGGAGCCGAGUUCACCUGAAUAAGUCCCCAAGAGGCUCUCUGAGGUUGCCAGUAUUGAGUGGUGUGUGUUAAUUCCACUGCCAGGGACAUAUUGGGGAUUUUUGAUGAGGGAUACAGCAGAUCAGAGAGGGGGAGGGACACGUCACGACUGUCAUGGAAGGAGGAAUCAAGAGAUCAACAGCAAUCCACUGGAGUUCAGCCCAGGGGAGGGUGUGAUAUUAAGACUGCUUUCACUUCCAUUCUGGAAGGAAUUCAUCACUUUUGGAAAAAUGGGGGGUGGGGGGCGUUUUGUGUGUUUUUGUCAGAGGAAGAAAUAUUAGACUAGUGAUGUUUAUAGAUGGAAGGGGCAUUGACACCAUGGGGGGUACAGGUGUCACUUGGUCUGUCUUUGGGCCCCUAUAUUCCCUUGGCUGGGGAGGUGCCCAAACGGUUACUUUUUCUAUGGUUGACCCAUAAAUCAAAAGCCAUAUUUUCUUGACUGCAGCAUUUUCACGCCUGGUCCCCUUUGGGGAAAACGUCAACGAGGAGAACGAAGAGGUUUACAAAGUUCUGCCUCGGUGUUUGUCGAGUUAUUUUGUUUUGUUCUGCUUUGUCGGAGUAGUAAAUUCAGAUGGGAUCUGCGUCGCUCUGAACGCUUUGUGUCGGAGGUUAUGCUGGCGGCGGGAUGAGCUGCCACUCUGCGGUGUCUUCGGGAGACAGCGAUGGGUCAGAGUUGUCAUAGCGGUUCAUUCCCCCCAAAGAAAAUAAUGAAAAUAAAAGUGCUGAUUCCUGUGUUAUAUUGUAAUUCUACUGGCACAUUCCCGGUCAUUUAAGCUGCUUUGGAUUUAAUUAUUCAGUUUCUUCUGUAGUUAUCACAGAUAAGAGUGUCCGUGCCAGGAUGCAUGUCUGUAAUACUGAUAAGCACUUCAGUUAGAAGGCACAACGUGAAUUGCGAGUGCUCAGGGGCCAUCGCCGUCACGAUUUGGGACACAUCGCGCCCUUGGUGGAUCCUGAGUCUGGGGGAAGGGUCUAUAUUGUUUUCUUUAGCUUUUCUGAGACCUCAGCAAGAGCAGCACCAUUGUGCCAAAGUUUACCUGUAUCUCAUUCUGGAAAACGGUUUGGCAGUUUUUUUUUUUGAAGGAUAGUUCAGAAAAGGUAAAUUAUUUUGGUUUAAAUGCAAACUGAUAGUAAUAAGAUAAGUUCUGUGUCUUGGUUAGAACAUGCAGGCAUGUUGGGAUGUUAUUUUUUGUGUGUAUGUGUGUCCAGUUAUUUUUGUUUGCUGCUUCUCGUCAUUGUCAUUUGUUCUGGAAAUUGUUGCUGAGUUGAUAAGUACAAAGCCGGCCUGCUUCAGUUGGGAGGCCUAAACUGCGACAUACCCAGCCGGUGUUCGUGAGUCGGGAGGCGGGGGAAAAUGUUUUUAUAGUGAUCCUCUCACUGUGGUGUCCCCACUGAUCGCUUGUAACGGUGCUGCCGAGCUUCGGAUACUGACCUCAUGUAGGAAGGGGGGGUGGGACGUUGGCGAUUUUCUGUAGGUCGGUCUGUGUACAUUUUGUAAGGAGAAAUGGCAUGUGGGAGACUGAAUCCCAUUGUCUGCUUGUUGUCAUAGUAAGUUUGACGUGCGUACAUCUAUAUAUUUAUAAGGUACGUAUUUGUUGAUAUAUCCAGCAUAAAUAUAUAGAUCAUGUCAAAUAUCCUGUCAUUGUCAUAGAACGUUGUCAUAUAAAUUAAGUAUAUUUCAGUCCUUGGUUAGAGGUCCAGCAAGGCAACGAUGGCUGUUUGAUGUUAUAACUCCUGCCAUCAGCUGCUCAGUGUUAAUUAAAGGUAUGUGUUCGGAGCUUUGGCUGCGAUCUCGGGGGUCCCACUCGUCUAUAUUUGUGCAGAUACGUCCACCACCGUAUUGCUUGAGUGGCCGAUGAAUCUGUUGGUAAUUGCGGUACGUAAGUAUGUUGUGUGUUUUCCCACCCUCACCCGUUCUUACUACCUCACUGUUCAUCCACGCAACCUCAGAAUGAUCUAUCCAUCCCCUCUCCGUGACCGUCUUUGAUCGCAGGAAUGCUGCACCAGCAAGUUAAUCUUUUAAUAAGUACAUCGUGUUGCAGAAGUGGUGGCAGAAACAGACUUUGGUCCCUUUUCCAUCGCCGCCUUUUGUUUUUGGUGUAGAUUAAGUGCACAGCUGAACUGGCAGGUGCAGAAUUUUCCCCUUACAGAACCAUAUCCCUGUCUGUUCGUUCAUAUUUUUGAUUCGCGUUUAUGCUAAAAUUGCCCCAAGUACUUGUCUCACAUACCCCACAUUGUCUUGUGUUUUGUUUGAUUGUCUUGCUUGUUUGUUCUUACUUGUAACAGUCAUGACAGGAAAAGCUUUGAAAGAAUGGAGGGUUAUAUUAAAUGAGAGGCUCAGCUAGAAUUGGCAUAAAGAAGAGUUUAAUUUCAGUCGGUAGUCAUUCCACAACUGUGUCUCGGGUCAGAGGUCCUGGCCUUUUUCUGUGGAAAAAGCUUGUGUAAGAUUAGCUAUAAUAAUAUUCAUUAAAUAUGUAAAAUAUGUUGGGAUUAAAAUGAGAUGUUGUCUAAUUUGUCUGUGGAUGGUUUGAUAUUACAUACCCUUGACCACUGUGUGAUCAAUGACCUAUGUUCUCCCAUUCUGAGAGGCGUGUAAAAGACUCAUAUUUAAUUCAGGUGAUCUUUCUGUGGCCAAGGCCUGCAGUGCUGUCUGACUCGAUGGGGAGCUCGUCGACUGGCUGCAGCGGUGAAAGGCUAAGCUGGGUUCGAUAUUUUCAUUUUUUGAUUCCUUCCCCAAGCCGGCAUUGGAGUUCUGAUGGCGUUUCUGCGAGGGAAUACUGCUGUGUCCGGAAAUGAAAUUCUGGGAGGACGUUUGAAGUCUCUAUUUGUACACGAACUGUUAAAUAAAAUCUCCUGUAUCUAUGUAA